GUGAGUAACGGUUUGUCCGGAAUUUCCUUUCAAAGUUUCAAUUUUUUGAGGGAAAGCAUUUAAUUGCUGAGCAGUCGAGCAGUCCAAUACUUAUUAUCUUCGUAACAACGAUAACAAUCCACAAGCACUUGUACUCAAUCUUUAUCGUGACUCCCAGCAUCGAGCUAGAAUGUAUUCUUAUCUUGCCAGGUUAUCAGGUACAAAUCAAAUAACGACGAUGCCAUUAGAGCUUUAUCUCUUUGAAUGAGUACCCCGUAUUAAAAACAGCCAAUCCAACGGAAAUUGAAACAAUCCAUUUUUCGCGUCAGUUGUGAAUCAUAUUUUGGCCACACAACGUGUCUCAGCGAUCGUCCUAAAAUGCGUUGUUUGGUGAGAAUAAUCUAUUUGUUGCUGCUUUUGCAAUUUGCACAAUCGAUAGACAAAAAGUUCGUGACGUGUGACUUUGACUUGGGAGUCGAGGUUCUGCCGUAUUUACCGGAAGAAUGUCACAAUUUGGACGAAAUCACAAAAACUUUGCUGACAAGGGAAGCGGAAAGUUUCAAACAAUUUCACGAUAGAUUAACGGAUCACGAAUCUCGAGCGGGUUUGGAUACCGAGGACAACAUUCAUAAGGAUUGGGCAUUCCGGGAGAAACUAUACGGAAAGGCUGAACCAUUUCUAUGUCGAAACGAUACGGAAACGUUGCAAGACUACGCGGCCUGCAUGAUUGAUAAACGUGCCGACAUGGUUACAAUGAUUUUGGAAAGUGUCCAAGCACCUUAGACUAAAAAAAUUGUGUUUCUUUCCAUAUAAAUUUAGUAAUAAUCCUAAACAGUGCUGUGUCGUGUUUAUUCAAUACAGUAAUUAAUUGUAAA